AUGCCUUCACGUGCCGCAACCCUGGCCCCUCCUCCAUCUCUCAUCCCCCCAUCCCCUUUCACCCAAUCCCUCCUCGAUGCCAUAUUCAAUGUCAGCAACCCCAUAACAACAGCCAGCCACACCCUCAACACCGCCACAAAAACUAGUCCCACCGACCCCUCAGCUCUAACAUACAUCCAGGUGAUCGUCUCCCUCGCCACCCUCCAAUCCGCCGUCUCAGAUCUCUCCCGCGCCUACAUCAACCAUGCCAACACCGUGCUGAACCGCGGCCCCUCAACCCUCGAUCUGGGCAGCAUCACCUCCAGCCUCUUGCUCGAAAAUGGCCUCCUGGGUGGCACCCGCGGUCUUAGUCCCGGUCGUCCGGACGCCCUGGGCGCCGGAGCUGGUGGCGCUCCUGUGCCGGGGAAGAUGAAGCGCAAGCGCGCCCCCCAUGAUCCCAAUGCGCCUAAGAGGGCGUUGACGCCGUAUUUUUUGUAUAUGCAGCAUAAUCGCGCGACGAUUGCGGAGGAGUUGGGGGCUAAUGCGCGCCCGAAGGAGGUGGCGGAUGAAGGCACGAGGAGGUGGGCGGAGAUGACUGAGGAGGAGAAAUCGAUCUGGAAAAAACUCUACGCAGACAACCUAGCAGUCUACCACGAGAAAAUGCGUGCGUACAAAGCCGGCCUCCCAGUCCCGGACGACGACACAACUCAAGCCGCUGCCGCCCAGUUACACCAGGGCGUCCACCACGCCACCACGACCGUCCUCCCCACCCACACCCAUGAAGCGUCUACAGAGGAAUCUGACGAGUCUGACGAGGAAUCAGCGGACGAAGAUGAGGAAGAGGAAGAGGAAGCCUCACCUGAACCUGUCAAGGCACCUACGCCUCCCCGCUCGAAUAAGCGGCGUCGCACUGCUGGGGGGACUGUUGCAGAUGCUGGGAAGCCGGCGAUGCCUGCUGGUGGGGUGAGCGGGAAGAAGGGGUCGCCGGAGAAGAGGAAGGGGGCUGGAAAGAAGGAGAAGGAGGAGGUGACGGCGUCUGGGACCAAGUCUAAGAGGGGCUCUACUGCGGCUACUGUGGCGGCGGCGACGGAGAUGCCUAGGGGAGAUAAGAAGGGGAAGAAGAAGAGGAAGAGUGAGGCUGCGGAGUAG